AUGGCUGUGAGUUCUGCAUCAGUAGCAUCAAGCAACCAUUUCCCGUUCACCCCAUCUGAGAUACCUACAGGAAUGGUGGACGCAUCAGUACUUGAUACGACCUUCACAUCAGAUGUUUUAAGUAGUGGAGGAUUGCAACUAGGAGCAGAUGGUGUUGCAUCAUCAAGAGAUUCAAUCAGGUCAUCAGGACAGUUUUGGAACUUCAGUUUUUCAGAUCUAACAGCAGAUUUGACAAACUUAGAAGAUCUUGGAGCUCUGGGAGACUACACUGGUUCUCCAUUCCUGUCAUCUGACUCAGACAUCCUGCUUGACUCCCCCAACCAGAAUGACAUAGUUGAGGAGUUCUUUGCUGAUUCUAUCACUGGGACAUGCUUGCAGUCAGAUGAAGAUAAAUAA